CGAUCUUUAUUACCCAUUAAAAUACUCAAAUGUCAUCUACUUCUUGGGAAUCCCUUUUAACGCCAAAAGAAAAACUCGCAUAUGGCCAGCUCUUCAAUAUUAUUAGCGUUAGCAACCCAGGCAUUAUUACUGGUCAAGAAGCCGUUAGGUUUUUUGCCACCUCAGGUGUACCUCAUCAGAUAUUAUCUGAAAUCUGGGAAGCUGCAGACAAGGACAACUUGGGAUAUCUCACACCAGAAACAUUCUCCAUUGCCCUUAAAUUGAUUGCAUGUGCACAACAUGGCAGAGAAGUUAGUGACCCCAUCUUUGCAACACCCGUUCCUUUACCUCAAUUCGAAGGUAUCAAGCUCAGUGUACCUCCUAGCCCUGUUGUGCAGAAGCAGACAUCCGUAAAUUCCAACGUAGACACCAUAAAGCCAGCCGAACGGGAAAAAUACAUUUCGAUAUUCCGUGCUCAAGAUACAGUUAGAGGCACCAUGGAUGCAGAAACAGCACGCAACAUUCUUGUAAAGUCCAAGCUUCCAACUGAUGUUUUAGGGCAAAUAUGGAAUCUUGCAGAUGUACGCAAGUCAGGAAGCUUGAACGCAACCGAAUUUGCGAUUGCAAUGCACUACGUCGCAAAACUUAUGGAUGGUUCAUUGACUACCUUACCAGCUCAAUUGCCUCCUCAGGGAUACAUGUCUUCUCCUGUACAGAGCUUUGCACCAAGUACACCCGUGGCUCGACAAAUGGCAGCAGCAAUGACCCCUCCACAGAGAGCAAGAACCAUCGACUCGCUCGGAAACAUGGCCUUUGCAGCCACCACACAACCUACCCCCUGGGAUGUUACUGCUCAAGAAAAAACCCAAUCUGACGCAUUCUUUGACAAGCUGGAUGUUCGCCAUGCAGGUGUAUUGCAGGGAAAGGAAGCCGUCGAAUUCUUCAAAAACUCGCAGCUGCCUGAUGCUGACCUGGCUCACAUAUGGGACAUAGCUGACACGCAGAGAUCCGGUCAAUUGACUCGCGAUGAGUUCGCUAUUGCGAUGCAUUUAAUACACAAACGCCUCCGGGGUGAUCCUUUGCCACCAACCCUCCCAUCGACCUUGAUACCUCCUAGC